UCCAGCUGGGGCUGAUAAGCAUGACUAAUAUUUUAAAAGAAUUCAGAAAAGGACACGGGAUUAAAAAGGCAGCUUUAUUGUGUGACCUGCUUUCCAGGCAGAUUAAAUAAGAGAAGGGGUUAGUACUAGGGAUGGGAUUUGCAGGCUACAGCUGUCCAACUUGAUCUGAAAGUCACUCUGUGGCCUGUUGAGUGAGCGAAGGAGACACAAUUACCCUCUCUCUCAUGUGAAGGGGAAGAACCAGGCUGGAACAUACAAGAAUAAGCAGCUGAGCUUGUGAUGGGCCUCUCAGUUUGGGAAACGGAGCAAAAGGAGCAGAGAUUCUUCCAUGAGGGUGACCUUGACAAGAUGGACACAUAACCACCUCUAGUCGGAACAUUGCAACACUUUCCACCUUACUGGAUUCUGGAGAACCUGCUCUCAGGGCAGUCAGCAAUGAAAGGUGGACUUCUGUUGGCUUCAAGCGUCAUUUUGGCUUUUCACGCGGCAUGGGGGUGUCCGGACGUUUGCUCGUGCCAGUCAUCUUCUCGGACAGUGGACUGCAGCUAUCGAGGGCUUGUCGAGAUCCCAGCGCAAGUGCCCCCUCAUACCCAGACACUUUAUUUACAGGGAAAUCAGAUUCAAAGCCUCAAUCUAACGGCCUUCGCAAACAUCUCUGGAAUUCAGGUCUUAGACUUGUCCAAUAAUUCCAUUUCAGCGAUGUCUCCACGGGUUUUUGUGUCUCUUCACGAUCUAAAAAAGCUGGAUUUGUCCUAUAACAGUCUCAACACUUUGCCGGAAUCGUUGGGAGAUCAGACAUGGAACUUGACAUAUCUCGCAGUGAAACACAAUCAGAUACAACGGAUCGACAGAUCACUAUUGGAAUCACUUAUACAUCUGAAGGUUCUUCUUGUCAGAUCCAAUCCUUGGCAGUGCAACUGCCAGUCAAUGGGCCUCAAACUCUGGCUGGAGAACUUUCUAUAUAAAGGAGGGUUCAUUGAUGAGGUGAUCUGCAACAGUCCAGAGAACAGAAAAGGAAAGGAUCUGCUUAAAAUACCCUUUGAGAUGUAUAGAAGUUGCCCUCCUGUGGCAUCACCAUUUCUCCUGGCUAAUAUGCAUCACCGUAAUUCAGACCCCAAAACCAAUGGAAAGUAUGGAAAUCACAUAGACAGCACUGAUGGUGGAAUCCAACCUGAAUGUGAGCCCAAAUCAAAACCCCGACCGGUCAGCUUACGGCACGCUAUAGCUACCGUGGUAAUAACCGGAGUCAUUUGUGGAAUCGUCUGCCUAAUGAUGUUGGCAGCUGCCAUCUAUGGUUGUGCCUACGCAGCAGUUAUGGCAAAAUACCAGCGGCAACUCAAGGAGGUGGAACGUUUGGCCCCAGUAGCUGAAAAUGGGAGCCCAGAAGAGAAGGAACCACUUGAUAGCUCUUUGGCUUGAUCCAUUCUUAACUUUGGUUUCUCUCGGAUAAAAACCUCAUACACAUUGUAAGCUGGCGGAGGGAAGUCAAGACAAAACUGAUUAACUUGUAACUUUCCACUUUGGGAAACAAGAUAUUUACAGAAAUCUAAAAGAAUGAGUAUGGUUUUGAUUUUGAGCUUGCGAUAUUGUAAACAAAGCACAGAAGGGCUUAGUUUGCAGAUAGGGUCGGUUUUAUCAUAAUUCAUUUACACUACACUGGUAAUUUUCAUGUUCUUGUGGUUUAUGCUGGUUAAGUAGUUCAAUUUAAAAAAGAUCUAUUUAGGGACGGAGCAGCUGUUUCAGGCACUAUGAGGCACAUGAUUUAUAAUUUGUACGAGCGAGAGGCUCCUGGGGAUUCCCUCGUAAGGCCUUUUGCUUUGUUUAUGCUAAUUCUUCAGAUGGACAAUUAUUUCAGAUGCCCAAAAGUCAUGCAAGGAUUCUCGUUUUGUUUUCUACAUUAAACUGGAACAGAAAAAAAAAGAAACGCAAUGAUAAAUGAAGCGAGACAAUGCGGAGAAACUGCACGGGCGAAGGAAUGCUAAACACUGCUGACAUUUCUACACUCGAUCUCACUAACCUCAAUGUGGGAUCGUUUAGGAGAAAAGUAUAUCUUCUAUGCAGUCGGCUGAAAUAUUGUAUAUGUAAUGUAUGUUUUGUGUUAAUAUAAAAGCAAAUUAAAUUUUGCUCAGCACAAAAGCAUUGGAAAAGGCUGUGGAAUGAUGUUGCCCAUAGUACAGGGCCGCCACCAAAAGGAUUAUAUUUACUGUAUCCCAGUUGGGUCUUCAAACAAAACCCUUAAAUCCCCCUAAAUCAGCACAUUCCUCUCCAACAACAAUUGUGAAAGUUCUUCUAGAUUUUUCUCCCAUGAGAUAUGUCCCCUAGCAUUUUCUAAAUGUGUUGUUUUUGGGUAUUUACCAAUUUUCAUUUGAUUCUAAACAAAGAAGUCCAAGGACAUUAUCCUCACAAUCCACAAGGUUCCCAUAGACUGGAGAAUUCUUGGUAAGGAAGCACUGAAUCCAAUUUUACUUAAAGUUGCUCAAAACUCCCGAUUUUUUCUACAGGAAGCUUGGAGAUGGAGUCUUUUCAAAUUCAGACUUUUAGCAGCCUCGGGGGAUAAUAAAUCACCAAAAAUUCUAGGUUUUUUUUUUUAACAAAAAAUUUGGAUAUUAUAGUAAAACAACCUUGAAUUUCUCAUGUUUUUGGAAUUCGGGCUUUAAUAUAUAACCCCCUUAGUGUACAAAAAAACACCAGAUGGUCUAAAGUCACAUGAUUUAAGGGUUCUGAUUCAGUUCAGGGGAGGCAAAUUCUUCCAAAUUCGAAUGAAUCACAAAGCAAAUCCGUAAUUCAUUGCAUUUCUAGAAACUGUAGUAAUAAACUGUAGUAAUAGAAAGUAAUAGAAAGAUUUCCAUUUCAUCAAAUGCUGAUGGGCCCAUUGGUUGAGGUAGAUCUUGGCAACCUUGAGGGCUUAAGUUUUGGCUUAAGUCUGAGAAUAUGCAAGAAAAUUUGGUUUAAAAAUUUUGAUUUGCACGAGUGACACUUUUUUUUAUGUCAAGAACAAAAAUAAAUCUUUGACUUA